AUGACGAGGCAGUCUUCUCUCAUUCCCACGCUACUUUCGCUAGCCUCGCUGGCAGCUCUCUCACAAGCAGAGUUGGGCAAGAUCCAAUGGAGAGGAUCUUGCAACUUGACCAGUUAUCCGACAUUGGUUUGCGGAACACUAGACGUGCCAUUGGACUACACCGAGUCGAAUUCCAGCAAGACAUUGACUCUCGACAUUGCCAAGUGGCCAGCGACCAAGAAACCAGUUUCCGAGCCGAUUAUAUUCAACUUUGGAGGGCCUGGUGUGAAUUCGUUCGAAGGUCUUGGACUCUAUGGAGAGGAAUUUCAGGCUAUCCUCGGUGGUCACAAUGAUUUGAUCGCCUUUAACAAUCGUGGCGUUGGAGACACCAUUCCAUUUUCGUGCUAUAGCGAUGACGCCACCCGUGAACUCAUCGCCCUCCAAGCCCCUAACGACGGCAGAGCGUCCAGUACAGCUUUGGGAGAAAUUUGGGCGCAGAACGCAAACAUCGCACAGGCAUGCUAUGCUACGAACAAUCAGACAGGGAGCCUUAUCGGAACUAGCUUUGCUGCGAGGGAUAUCGUGCAGGUCGCUGAUGCGCUCAGUGGAAAGGAUAGUUUGGUGAACUUCUGGGGAUUCUCAUACGGCACUACAAUCGGCUCUGUUCUGGCAGCUAUGUUCCCGGAACGAAUGGGAUAUGUCGCGCUUGAUGGAGUGGAUAACCCCAGAGAGGCUCUCUAUGGAUACAACGCACAAGCUGUUGUGGACGUCGACAAAGUUUUCGAAGGCUUCUGUGCGGGCUGCAUGGCCGCACCGGACCUGUGCCCGAUCGCCAAGGAGUACACCAGCGCCGCAAACUUGGAAGCUGCCAUCUACCUGAUGCUCGAAAACCUCAAGUACAACCCGAUUGCCAUUCCCGAAAUUGGUGGUAUUGUGACUUGGAGCGACGUCAAAUCUACCAUCUUUGAAGCCAUGUACCUCCCCAGCUCCUGGCCCUUGACCUCUGAGCUUCUUUACUACGUGCAAACCCGGAACACAACAAUCCUUGGAAACUCUGAGGUAUACGAGACCAUCAAAUCUUACGGCCAGUCGGCUUCCCUGACUUCGGCUUCCGAUGAGGUCGGCACGGCCAUUACAUGCUCCGACAAGCAUCGAUCAGCCACCUUGAAAGAGGUCCUCCCCUACAUUAAGGCCAGACAGGCCCUGAGCAAGAUCUCAAGUGAUGGCUCGGACGGAGACAUGAGAUGCGCGCAGUGGAACCCGAAGAUGUUCGCCAAGGAACGCUACUCGGGUGACUUUGAAGUCAAGACAGCUAACCCGGUGUUGAUUCUGAGCAACACCUAUGAUCCCGCGACUCCUCUUCCCGCAGCGAAGAACCUGACAGAAACGUUCGAGGGAAGUGUUCUGCUCGAGCAGAACGGAUACGGUCAUACUACCCUGUCGAUGCCCUCUCUUUGCACUGCCAAGGCCGUCCGGGCUUACUUCACCAAUGGCACAUUGCCCGCUGAUGGAACCAUCUGCCAGGUGGACGUGCCUCUGUUCACGAACUUGACCUACAAGGAUGUGUGGCCAAAGAGUUUCCAGCGGAGUGUUGAGUCGAGGGAUGAUGCGAGUGUCCUCAAGGCUUUGAUGUCCAUCCGUGAUAAGAUGUCACGCCGCAGGAUCUGGUAA